UUGCGCAGCGUUGUUUGCCUCAAACUCUGAGCUCUCCGCCUGCGUAUUCAUAGGUGUGUCGACGAAUGUUUAGUUUGAAGGUUUAUUCUCAAUCUCCUUGAAGAAGUAGAUCACUCGUCAUGGGUUACGCGAUGUCCACUACAGUAGCAGUGACCGUUGGAGUGGUACUGGUCUCUACAGCAGGUGUGCUGGGUUAUUAUUUCUUGAACCGGAAAAGGAAACCACAAAUUACCCUGAUUGAUCCCUCUGAAAAAUACAAAUUGAGACUUGUAGACAAGGAGAUCAUAAGUCAUGAUACCCGCAGGUUUCGGUUCGUCCUGCCUAGCCCAGAGCAUGUUUUGGGAUUACCAGUAGGCAAGCAUGUUUAUCUCUCUGCCAGGAUUGAUGGUAAUUUAAUUGUGCGUCCUUACACACCAGUGUCCAGUGAUGAUGACAAAGGAUUCGUUGACCUAGUUGUGAAGAUUUAUUUUAGGAAUGUGCACCCAAAGUUCCCCGAAGGGGGAAAGAUGUCCCAGUACCUGGAGAGUUUGAGGAUCGGAGAUGUGAUUGACUUCAGAGGACCAGGAGGUUUGCUGGAGUACAAGGGGGAAGGUCAGUUCACUAUACAGGCCGAGAAGAAGGCCCCUGCCGAGACCAAGACUGUAAAAACGUUGGGUCUUAUAGCUGGUGGAACAGGCAUUACACCGAUGUUGCAGCUGAUUCGUGACAUCAUCAAGAACCCAAAUGACACAACUACAUGCAGCCUGCUGUUUGCCAACCAGACUGAGAAGGACAUUCUGCUGAAGGAUGAGCUGGAGGAGGUUCAGGCGAGACAUCCGGAUCGCGUCAAACUCUGGUUCACGGUGGACAGAGCUCCUGAAGAUUGGGAGUACAGUCAGGGCUUCAUCAAUGCUGAGAUGAUUCAGGAGCACCUGCCUCCACCCGGUGAUGACUCUAUGAUCCUCAUGUGCGGUCCUCCUCCCAUGAUCCAGUUUGCCUGUAAUCCCAACCUGGACAAACUGGGCUACCGGCAGAGCCAACGCUUUGUCUAUUAGACCGUUCUCGAUGUUCAGGGCCCAGACCACUAAUUACUCCAAAGAUACAGAUACUUGAGUUGUGCGAUAUAGUGUUUAAGCAAAAAUGGUAUUACAAAUCUGAUCUUAUAUAGCAAAUUGGACA